AUGCAUAUGAGAGUGGAAUAUCCACCGCUUUGUGGCCGUGAUCAUCUUGCAUAUCGUUCAUAUUACUUCCCUGUCAAGUCGGUGAUUGAUGGCGAUCUUUGUGAACAAUAUGCGCUAAUGCCAUCUGACAAGCAAAAAUCAGUUGGUGAAGAACUGGGAAGGAAGCCAAUGGAGGUUUUUUUUAUAAUCUAA